GAUGUAGAAGAAGGCUCGCGGCAAGGCAGCUAGAACGUGGCGCGAGCCUGGAUUAGAAGACGCUUGGCGAAUGCUGUGACGGCAGUCACUACGUUUUGUCGUUUCUUCGAGACAGGAUUUGCUUCGAUUGCUGCCUCCAUUUCUCUGUUGUACCAAUGCCUGAAAGUCCUUCUACUGCCACGACCCCAGCAGAAAUACUGUCCUCCGAGAAUCUAGCUGCACAUGGCGGACUGUCGAACGGCGAGCACGGCCCUGUCCGCCGGCACCAGUUACCAACUAACACUCAACAUCCUUGCUUCAUGGCCAUGUAUUUGUUUUAUGACAAGAUCAAGGCACGCCUGUUCCAAGUGUUUCUUGUGGUCUACCACGUCUACCUGGCGGUAGUCAUCACAAGAUCUUGGACGGCGGAGCAGAACUGGUGCACGGAUCCCAAGUUCAUGACGAUUGUGACGGUAGUGUUCCACGUUACGACACUUUCCUUUACGCUUUCUUCGAUCUGGUCGCGGAUGAGACAAGGACCAUUGAGAAGACUCGAGUCCUCAAUCGUUUACGUCAAGGAGGCGAGCGUGCAUAGGCUCCUGUGGUUUAUUGCUCUGACCUGCAUAGCGAUGUUGAUCGUGGUGUCAUCAAAUCCUCACGUGAAGCACCUGGUUUCCAUGCUAGGCAUGGUGACCAUUAUCCUAAUCUGUUACAUGUUCUCUUACAACAGGAAAAAGAUCCCUUGGAAUGUGGUCUUGUGGGGCAUACUCCUUCAAUUCCUCUUGGGAGGUACGAUAAUUCGGUUGGGCGUUGGACGGGCUGUGUUCGUCUGUAUUGGAAGCAAGAUCAAGCAGAUGAUGAACUACUCUGCUUUUGGCGGAGAGUUUACCUUUGGUUUCCUCUCCACGGGAGUGCUGGAAGGGGGAAUUAGGUUUCACAGUCCUAUCUUCACCUUUCAGGUAGCCCCGAUGGCGGUGUACUUCUCCUUCUUGCUUUCUGUGGCUGUCUACUAUGGUUGUGCUCGCAGCAUAAUCUAUUACGUUGCCUUGGGACUUCACUGGACGACAGGUGCGACAGCCAGCGACACGCUCUGUGCAGCCACCAAUAUCUUCAUUGCCCAGGCCGAUAUUCCGUGGAUUCUGCAGCCGUACAUAAACGAGAUGACACUUUCUGAAAUUCACACCGCUAUGGCUUCUGGUUUCGGAAGCAUGUCAGCUCCAACUUUCGUUAUGCUGUUAUCGUUCCACGUUGAGCCACUGCACUUAAUGGUCGCUAGCCUCAUCUCUGCUCCAGCUGUCCUGGUGACCUCCAAGAUGCUGUUUCCUGAAAUGGAGACGCCGGUCACGAAGUUCGACCCUUUUCUCAAAAUAAGAAGGUCGGAACACAACGUUCUGGAAGCCACCUUCGGUUCCGUGCGUAACAUGCUCAAGGUGCUCUUCGCGCUGGCUGCUAACCUUAUAGCCUCCAUCGCGUUCCUGGAGUUCCUCAACGCGAUCCUGCGAAACGUGACGACCCAGCUAGGUUGGCGCGCAGUCGACGUCCAGUGGAUUAUAGCCCGAUUAUUCAUUCCCAUUUCCAUGAUGAUGGGCAUUCCGCUGGACGAGUGCGAGCGCGUGGCGCGACUCAUUGGCGUCAAGACUUACGUCAAUGAAAUACUGGCCCUUUCCGAACUCAAAGAACUCGCAGACUCUGGAUUCCUAACGAAACGUACCCAACUCAUCGCUACCUAUGCGCUGUGUGGGUUCUCAAACGUCGGAUCCAUCGGCAUCCAGCUGGCGGCGUGGUCUACCUUAUGCACGCGGCGACUGCCAGAGCUAUCUGCACUGAGCAUACGUGCCCUUGUUGCAGGCAUCUUGUGCGACUUCAUGACAGGCUGUGUCGCAGGUGCCCUGAUCCACGGAGAUGACGAGGGAUCGCCGAGUCCAGCAUUCCUGGCAAGUAAACUUCUUUUCUUGCUGACUUUCGUUGGAACAGGAAAAUGCACGGGACCUAGGAGCAUUUGACUGUGAGGGCUUCGAUGGGACAGAUUCAAGGUGAUCCUCGGCUUUUCUCCGCCACUUCGACGUAUUCUCUGGGUAUCAGUGUUGGCUUCGUUAUCUUUCUUCGGG